AUAUGGUGCAAAACUAAAUGCUCCUCUUCAUGGGUCACACUCAAAUACAAUAAUUGCACCAUUUGAGCUUCUAAAUAAAUACUUUAAGCUCGCUACCACUUCAACACUACUAUUAACGGUUUUCUGAACUUCAGUUUUUGAGUUUGUUCUGUCAGUUCUGAAUUUUUGACAAUCCUUUAUUUGCUUCAUGAUCACUUCAAAAAAAGCCGCAAACGCCCUCGGAGGCAAGACGGCGAGAGCUUGCGAUGGGUGUUUGCGUAAGCGGGCACGAUGGUAUUGCGCCGCGGAUGAUGCUUUCCUUUGCCAAGGUUGUGAUUCAUCUGUGCAUUCUGCAAAUCAAUUGGCAAGCAGACACGAAAGGGUUCGGCUAGAAAUUGGAUCCUGUAAAGCCACCACCGACUUGGGGCUUGCAAAGAAUUCUCUGCCCGCUUGGCACCGAGGGUUCACUCGUAAGGCUCGAACCCCUCGGCAUGUCAGGCCGACAUCGUUGCAACCACCGAAGGCUGUCGAUGAGGAUCAGAAGAUCGUAAACUAUCUUCCUCUUGUCCCGGAGAUGGGUAGUGAAGAAGCUUCUCUUGAUGAGGAUGAAGAACAACUCCUUUAUCGUGUUCCGAUCUACGACCCAUUUGCUGCAGAGCUCUGCAAUGUGCCAAAUGAAGCUGAAAACAGACAGGGUGAUGAGAGAAUUGAAGCUUCUUUAAGGAGUGAGCUGAAUGUUAUGUUAAGUGAUCAUGACGGAUGUGAUGAAUCAUGUGAGUUGGAUAAUCUUCCUGGGUUUCUUCCAUCAGAUACGGAGCUUGCUGAAUUUGCUGCAGAUGUCGAGAGCUUACUCGGGAGGAGACUUGACGAGGAGUCUUGUGGUAUAGAAGGGUUGGGACUGAUAGAUUGUAAAGAAGAAGAUGGUAUAGAUAUGUGUUUUCACGAAGGAAGACAAUUUGUGAAGGUUGAAGAUGAAGAAUUAGAUGCUGAUGUGGCUAAUUCUCAUUUGGAUCCGGUUUUUGACAUAACAAGAGAAGCAAUGGAUUGGAACUUCGAUUAUGAGUUGCCAGUGAGUGGCAAAGAGGAAGAGAAUGUGGCGGCCGAGGCACAGACGGCCAUGAUGGACAAGGGAUGUACAUGUAAAGCGGAAGUGAGAGGGAGGAGUAUGUUUUUGAGGCUUAACUAUGAAGCAGUCAUCACUGCCUGGGCUAGCCAAGACUCUCCUCGGACAACCGGAAUCCAACCAGAUUUCAACCCUGAUGACUGCUGGCCAGACUUCUUGGGUGUGUGCCCAAUGGGUAUUCAUCAAGCACCUGGAGGAGGCAAUAUCAUCGGAGGUGGUGAUGGGGGGAGAGAAGCAAGAGUGUCGAGGUACAGAGAGAAGAGGAGGACGAGACUGUUCUCGAAGAAGAUAAGGUACGAAGUUCGGAAGCUGAAUGCAGAGAAAAGGCCUAGAAUGAAAGGUAGGUUCGUCAAGAGGACAUCCUUCCCAGGUCCUGCGCGCUUUUCGUGAUUACCCCAUCAUCAAAUAACUACCAAGUAUCAUGCAACUGCCAAUUUUGGUCGUGGCAAAAUUGGAAUGAUCAGGUAGCUAGCUAGUUAAUUAACCUUUUUCUUUUCUUUUUCUUUUUCUUUUUUUUUUCAGAAGCUAAUUAGGCUUUUUUGAUGGCCUUUUUAUUUCAUAACAAUAAAUGGAAGUGAAGUAGAUAUUACAUAUA